CGUUGCUGCUCUUUUGAUAGUGCUAAGGCGUUGUUUAGUCAGAAGGCUAGCGCUAAGGUGUUGUGGAUAGCGCUGCAGCACUGCGUUUGCAGUAAGUUAGUGCUGAGGUGCUGUGCUCUAGCGCUGCGAUGCUACAUUUAUAGUAUGUUAGAGCUGCUACUUUAUAGAGUAGCGCUGCUACGCUAUGUUACUGGGCUUGACUCAUAG